AUGGGAACCCGAACGUUCUUCCACCACAGGGAGGAGGAGCAGAAGGAAGAGAGGCACCAGAGCUUGGAAAUGACCUCCACAACUAGAAAGAAAAAGUUCAAAACCAGUGAGGAAGAAGAGACUUUCAGCCCUUCAGAGUUAUCGAUAGCAGCUGCUCUCGCCUUGACUUCUGAAAUACCACAGGAUUACAAGCUAAGAAGAGAAGCUGCCAUCCUAGAGCUAGAACAGAGAGGGCAAAAGAGAAUUCGGUUUGGGAAUGAGAUGGAAAAGUUGGAAAAGGAGGUGAUUUGGAACUGCAGACUGCUGCGUGUGAGAGCUGACCGGAAGGCCCUUCGGAGAAAGGCUGUAGAAAAGGCCCGUGUGGAGAAGGAAUACAUUGAGCUGCGUUCAGGGCGACCACCUAUGUUCUGGAUCCCCCUCAGAGCACAUGCAGUCUGGGAGAGGAUGGACGUGACGCUGGCGUGUACAGUCCUGGCCUCCCCACCGCCGCAGGUUACUUGGUAUAAAAACGGAGUCCGUAUUGAUCCUCGCCUAGCCCCACCUGGAAAAUACAAGAUCAAAAACAAGUUUGGGAUGCUGACCUUGCACAUCAGCAGAUGCUCCAUGGAAGAUUCUGCUGAAUAUAGUGUUGAAGUUAAGAAUCAAUACGGCGAGGCUUAUUCAUUUGCUACAGUGCUUGUAAGGAAAUAUUACGGAAAGGAGUCAGGAUUUGAUUCAGAAAUAUACAGAAGAUCCCUUAUGGCCAGAGAAGCAGAUUUUGCUUUUCCACUGAAACCCUUAUUUUCAAGAGAAAAGGAGCCUUUCACCCUCUCCUGUUACUUCUCUUCUGAUUUACUUGAACACCAACGAGACAUUACCUGGUUCAGAGAUGGUGAGUUGCUGCAGAACUCUGACCGUCGGGAACUAAAGUACCAAGACCGGGAGGCUUCUCUGACGGUGUCAUGUGCUUACAAAGAAGAUGAGGGAUUCUACACUAUCCGCGUCCCCUCGCUGGAUGGAUAUAAAGAGCAGACCACUUAUGUGUUUGUUAGAGAUGCUGCAGCAGAAACAGCUGGUGCACCUGGAUCCCCACUCAAUGUGAAGUGCCACGAUGUACACAAAGACUGCUUAAUUCUUUCUUGGGUAGCACCCAGUGAUAAUGGAGGAAGUCCAAUCCUGGGAUAUUAUAUUGAAAGGUGUGUUGCUGGGUCAGAGGAUUGGGUCCCAUGCAAUGACAAGCCAGUGAAAACCUGCAGAUACCCUGUCUUGGGCCUCGCUGAAGGAGAGACGUACCAGUUCCGAGUAAAGGCUGUCAAUAAAGAGGGCAUCAGUCAUCCUUCAAAAACCAGUGAUCCAGUUACAACAUAUGACCCCAGCAAGGACAACAGAGUGACAGUUAUUCCGUACGAUGAUGGCAGGACGAUAGGAAUUUGCAAGGAUGACGUGGAAGGACAUAUCAAAAUUCCCUUGCCACCCACCAAUGUUCAUGCAAGCGAGGUCAGAGAAGAUUAUGUGGCUUUGGCCUGGGACGAACCAGACCCAAGAGGCAGAGAGCCACUAGAUUAUUAUGUGGAAAAGUCAAUUGUAGGCAGCAACUCCUGGCAAAUGGUUAAUCUGGAUACACCAGCUAAUUCUCCAAGAUUUGCACUCUUUGAUCUUGUUAAAGGAAAAUCGUACCGUUUCCGUGUGCGAUCUGUUAACAAGUAUGGAAUCAGUGAGCCAUCCCUGCCCAGUGAGCCUGUAACUGCUGGAGCCAAACUGGCUCCUCUGCCUCCACCAUCUCAGGUUCUAGCUUUCAGAGACACCAAGACAUCUGUUGUUUUGCAGUGGGAUAAGUUAAAGGAUGGGCUGGAGCCUCUUGGCUACUACAUAUACUGUCGGGAGACUGGGACAGAAGAAUGGCAAACUGUGAAUAAUAAACCCGUGACACGUAAUGAAUUUACUGUUCCUGGGCUGCAGCCUGGAAAAGAAUAUGUCUUUUGUGUGAAAUCUGUCAGUGAGGCAGGACUAAGUGAAAGCUCACCAGAAACAGAGCCGAUCGUUGUAAGGCCGGCUAUUGCUCGUCCAUCAGCACCACACAGCUUUGUUCUUCUCAACUGCGGGAAGGCUGACAUGACCAUCAGCUGGAAACCCCCGAAACGCAAGGGAGGAACAAAGAUUCUGGGUUAUUUCCUAGAUCAGCAUGAUGCAUCUGAACUAGAUUGGCAUGAAGUCAAUAUUCAGCCAAUUCCUCAACGCGUCUGCACGGUCAGCAACCUUAAGGAAGGUCACCUGUAUGAAUUCCGUGCCUGUGCAGUGAACAUGGCUGGUGUUGGGGAAGUAUCUGAACCCAGUGACUUGUUCAGAUGUGAGGAAUGGACAAUGCCAGAACCAGGCCCUCCUUAUGAUGUGAGGUGCACUGAAGUAAGAGACUCAUCCCUGAAGCUCCACUGGGAAGCACCACUGUACACAGGAGCAGGUCCAGUUACAGGGUAUUACGUAGACAUGUGUGAAGAAGGGUCAGAGGAAUGGAAACAAAUAAAUAAGCAGCCCAUCGCCACCACCCAUAUGAAGAUUUCAGAGCUGGAGACAGGGAAAUGCUAUAUUUUCCGAGUAAGAGCACUGAACAAGGCUGGAAUUGGACCUCCCUCCCUCCCCUCAGAUCCUGUGGUGGCUAAAACCAAACCUGGCACAAAUGAAAUUGAACUUGGGGUCGAUGAGGAGGGUUUAAUUUACAUGGCUUUUGAAGCUCCUGAAAAGAAUGAAUCCUCAGAAUUUAUCUGGUCAAAGGACUAUGAAGGACCACCAGAUGCUGACAGAGUUCAGACUGAAGAGAAAGGCAAUAA